GGAAAGCUUUGCUCCAGCGUUGGAGAGCUUACAGCGCCCUGAGCUGUAGGUGUCUGUGGGGCUGUGCUUUCUCAGAAGGAGGGAGUCUCUCUCCAAACCCCAUUUUAAGCUGUGGUUUUGGUUUCCAUAGUGACACUUCCUGUGGUAGAGAAAAGAGGUAGUGAGUGCAGCACUGUGAGCGUGGCAGGCAGCUGCACUCCUUCUUUCUCUCCUUGCCGGGGAUGCUCUGAGGGCCGUGCUGCAGCCUCAGGGAGGGGCUUCUCCUAGGCUGAUGGUCCUGGGUUUCUGCUGUACCUGUGACAGCAGCACGAGGCAUGCUGGGAAAACCCAAACACCUGGGCGUCCAAAAUGGCCGAAUGGGCCUGGCUGUGUCAGAUGGGGAGUUAAACAGCUCUGGGCCCCGAGGCAGUAAUAACAGUGUGAACAGUCUGCCAAGCACCCAAAGUGUCACUCAUUCCCUGGGGCAGUCCGUUGCCCGCUGGGCUGAGUCCUUUGAGACGUUGCUGCAGGACCGACUUGGUGUCACCUACUUCACAGAGUUCCUGAAGAAGGAGUUUAGUGCCGAGAAUGUAUAUUUCUGGCAAGCCUGUGAACGGUUCCAGCAGAUCCCAGCUAGCAGCACCCAACAGCUGGCCCGGGAGGCUCGGUGCAUCUAUGACGAGUUCCUGUCAAGCCAUUCAAUGAACCCCGUCAACAUUGACAGGCAGGCCUGGAUUGGUGAGGAGAUGUUGGCCACACCCACCCCUGAUAUGUUUAAUGUCCAGCAACUCCAGAUCUUCAACCUGAUGAAAUUUGACAGCUAUGCCCGCUUUGUCAAGUCUCCGCUGUAUCAGGCAUGCGCAAGGGCUGAGAGCCAAGGACAGCCUUUGCCAGAACUGAGGCCCCACUCUCAGAGUGGCAGCCCCCCAACUGAACAUGGCAAGAAAACAAAACUAAAGGCAGGGAAAUCACUUCCACUCGGUGUGGAGGUAGCAGGCAACUUGGCCGGUCGGAGCCCUCGGAGAUCCUUCCGGAAAGGAGACCGGAGGGAACGUCCCUGGGGAGAGGAGAGAAAUGGCAGUGAGGGUCCACCCCAGUGGCGUGAGUCUCAAGGCUCUUUGAAUUCCUCGGCUAGCCUGGACCUGGGCUUCCUGUCAUCUUGCGCAACCAACAGCCCUCAGACCGAGAACCACAGGAAGAGCCUGACUGGCCCAGAAUCUGACACUCAGAACCAGCCCAUCAAAUACUGUUGUAUUUAUCUGCCUGAUGGGACUGCCUCUCUGGCCCCAGUACGCCCUGGCCUCACCGUCCAGGACAUGCUGGCCGGAAUUUGCCAGCGCCGUGGCCUACACCUGCCUGAUGUCAAAAUCUAUCUUGUGGGGAAUGAAAAGAAGCCGUUGGCACUGAACCAGGAGAGCUUAGUCCUGAUGGAUCAGGAGGUGAAGCUGGAGACCAGGAUCAGCUUUGAAUUGGAAAUCACACCUAUCAAUAAGACAGUGCGCAUUCUGGCGAAAUCCACGAAGCACCUACGGGAGGCCUUGCAGCCCAUCUUGGAGAAGUACGGCCUGGAUGUUACACGGGUGCUACUCCGACGGCCUGGCGAACCCCAUGCUCUGAAUAUGGAAGAGAAGGUGAGCACCGUGGCAUCUCAGAAGCUUGUGCUGGAAUCAGAUGCAGAGGUGAAACCUGCUGGUGUCAGAAAUGCCACAGCAAACUCUUCUUGUGAUCAGAGUGAGGAUGACCUCUCUGCAGAGACAGAGGCUGAGCCACUCCCAGAGAUGUCCUGUUCUUUUACCAGGCCUUCCAGGAAUAAUAAGAACCGGCGCACCUGUGACUUGGAAGGACUAGUGGAGCUGCUAAACCGGGUCCAGAGCUGCAGAGUCAAUGACCAGCGUGGGCUACUGUCCAAAGAGGAUCUAGUGUUGCCCGAGUUUCUCCAGGUACCAGAACAAGAUGGCGUUUCCUGCAAGGUCCACUCCUCCUCCGACCCUGUCCCAGAGAAGACGGGCACACAUGAGGCCCCUGAUGCUGGGCCAGCCUCCAUCUCUCAGUGUCUGUCGCAGGAGCGGGCCCAAUCUCAGGCUUCUCCUCCUUUAAAGCUGCAAACACGGUGUUCUUCUUCUUCUUCAUCAUCAUCAUCGUCAACAACAGCACCGGCUGCUGCUGGGAAACCUUCAGUCAUGUGAAACACUCUAUGAGCAUCCCAACCCCAUGUCCUAGCCCCCCUCCAAGAGGUCACAUUCCUUGCAGUAAGGCCAGGCCCUUCCUGUUCAAUAGCUGUUGUGGUAUUAUGGUCUGCUUUACACAGGCCCCUCCCCUGGUCUAGGAGUAGGGUUGAGGCCCAGCUAGGUCCCAUUCCCAGCUCUAGAGACCCCCAGGCUGUCUUCCAGGAAUGGAUGGAUAUCUGUACUCUUGAUGUUCUGCCUGACUUUCACACCUGGGACUGCCCAUGCUGGCUGGGCAGGGGAACACCAGGGUUGCUCACUUGCUGUACCAGACUGUCGUAUGGUGUUGCUCAGUGUUGUAAAACAACUGCCCAUGGCUGCUCCGGCGGCAACUGCACCUCUGUGGCUAGUGGUGGUGACGCCUGUAUAUAGUUUGUAAUUUUCAGUCUUUGUAAAAUGUAAGAUACACUGCAGAUGAA